AAGAUUUUUUUCAAUUGUCUGACUUAUUAUUGUUAUUGAUAAAAGUUUAUUUGGGAAAUAAAUUACAAAUCAAUUCGAUGAAGUACAUGAAGUACGUUAAGGAAAUUAUUGUAUCGACUUUAAGGUAGUUUGCUAUGGAAGAGCACAUUGUCAGCGAACCCAUGGAUUUUACGUACAAAGAUGGAAAUCAUAUGGAUUUCACAAAGACAUUCGACCUCACUGGCAAUGACAAUGACCAGAUGUUAAAAUUUUACCUUCGAAAGGCAGGACUUUCAGACAACAUUGAAUAUCUCACAUCAGAACAGAGAAGAGCGUUCAUUUAUGACAUUGUCAAGAGCAACAAAAACCCAGGAUAUUGGAAGCCAAGUGUGCUACCACAAACUCCUACACCAUCUCGAGGUCCAUUUCAUAAAACACCAGUUCAAAGAGAGUCAUCGAUGACAUUAGAUUCUAUUGAUGACAUACCACCAGCAUCAGCGACAUUCGACCUAGAUUCAUACAGAAAAAUAAAAAACAAAAAUCCAAGCUCAAAUGAAGGGCCAACUAAUAAUCCAUCACUUCUUGAACAAAAUGUUGGAAGUACGCUUUAUGAAAGGCAAUUUAGUCAAAACAAACAACCUGUUCCAAAAAAAGUUGUGACUUCUUCAGUUGCCAAACCUCUUCCAACAACAGUCUUAAGAACUAGAAAAGGAAAAAUUAUAGAAGUCAGUGGUCCAAAAGAUUUCCGGCACAUUGCCGGAGAUAUGACAAGAGAUAUGACCAAAAAUACAUUUGAUCUGUCAGGAAAUUUUAACAAUAAUUCAUUGAAAAAAUAUAUGAUUGAACGAGGCAUCACUGAAGAAGAUGUAAGUUGGUUAGAUCGUAAGGAUUUGAUCAGAAGAAUUGUACAGUCGAACUAUACUUGGAUGCCACCUCGAAGACAAAAUGUAGGAAAUUCUAUCCCUCCACCACCUUCUGAGACAUAUGUUGCUGCAGAACCUACACCACCUCCUACACCAAGAAAUAUUCACCAUUCUAAGGGAGGUGCAAUUAUAGUUGCCCCACCAGAGUUGCCUGAAACAGUUGCGCCACCUAGUGAACCUGUUUAUGAAGAAAUCGUCCCACCUAAGAGAAAUACGACUUCCAUUAGAAGACAGCGAAAGAAACCACUUUUACCACCUCCACCACCACCGCCGCCAGCGCCACCAAUUCCAAUUCCUCGUCAACAGUCAAAGAAUCGAGAUGACGCACUACCGACGUCACAAGUGACAUCAUCACCCGUAGGACAAAAUAGGACAUAUCCACCGCCACCUCCUCCUCCUCCCAUGCCAAUAGAUACAAUUGUGAACGUUAAAAAUAUUCCUACUCCUCCUCCGCCACCACCUCCAGCUCUUCCUUCAAUGUCAAUUGAGCAAACGUUAAAAACUGAAAACGUUCCCCCUCCACCACCUCCAAUGCCAUCACUCAACGCUUCUGUAUCAAUCCCAAUAGCACCUCCUAAACCAUUGGCAAAUAAUCCAGCAUCAAAGUCAGAAAAUCAAUUUAAGCCCCCACAAACAGGAGGGGGCCAACAACGUGACGAUUUUCUACAAAGUAUACGUGCUGGAGUAGCCUUAAAGGUAACGAAAUAAUUUAAGCAAAUAGCAAAACUUAACGAACAAUUUGAUGGUAAAUGACGUUUUAUAAUUUUAGAAAGUCAAUAAUCAAGAUAAACCGCUUAGAAGUAACACUAUUGGGACAGCUAAUGUAACGAAACCACCAAUACAGCAAAAAAAUAAUCCAGUGCCAAAGGAACAACCAAAACCAGAUUUUAUGUCUGAACUACGCAAUGCAACGCUCAAGAGAAUCAAAAAGCUGGAAAACAAUCCCUACGCUUCAGAAUCAGAAUGUUAAAUGUUUUUUAUAUUUGUUUUAUUGUUUUCAAGAACUAAAAUUUUGAAAUUUUAUUUUAUUUAUUAAAGAAAAUUUUUCAGUUCAAUAAAAAAAAAGUUUCAAACUAAAUAAUAGUA